AUGCGCUGUGAAGACUCUCAUGUCCAUUCGUCUGCGGAGGAGGAAAUUGCUGCUGAAGAGAGCUUUUCGAGAUACUGCUUACCUGUUGAGUUCUACAAUAUUCUGAAAUGGCGUGCUACUAGAAAUCCACCAUAUCUUGAGAGAUGUUUGCUGUACAAAAGACAAGCGAAGCAAAAGAAAAGGAUCCAAAUGACAAUUGCCGUGGACACAGAAUGCGGUGGAUCACAAACUCAUAGCUUCUGUCCUAUGUUUGUGUUGUUGGCAAGGACAGUUUCUAACUCUGCUAUGAGAGAGGGAGAAUAUUCUACGCUUUAUUGCUUCAGGCAGGCACGCCUCGUUACUUCUCUUAGUGCUGGUGGUGCGAUGACUCGAGCUCAGGCAGAUUUUAUCCUUCCUGAGAUUAACAAACUAGCAGCGCAGCUCAAAUCUGAACCUCUUGCUAUUUUGUUUGUGAGUUGUGCCGAAGUGGCCAAUUCUCUGAAUGCCAUUGGUCCAACUGAGAACCAGAAUAUUACAACUUUUCCAUCAAAUUUUGAAGGGCACUGCUUAUUGGGCAAGAUAUCAAUGCAAUCACUUCAUUUGACAUUGGAGAAGUCUCUAAACUUGAACGUAGGGGAGAGAGCUGAUGUGGUGUCAACUGUUCAUAUGCACUCUUGUUUCAUGAAGUUCAGUGGUAUGGAUGGCGAUAAGCAUAUUGCAGUUUGGACUCCUUCUAGUUCUGGAACUCUGGAUACACCAAAGCAAGUGGAAGUCAUAAUUUGUGCAAAAGAGGCCGGGCCAAAAGAAAAAUCACAUUAUGAUUUGUACUCUUAUAAUAAGGACAUUGCUAUGUCGUCAUUCAUCCGAAUAAUAAAGUUGAGAACUGGCAAUGUCCUUUUCAACUACAGCUACUAUAAUAAUAAAUUGCACAAAACUGAAGUGACAGAAGAUUUCUCCUGCCCGUUCUGCUUAGUAAAAUGUGCUAGCUUUAAGGGUCUUGAAUGCCACUUGUCCUCAUCACAUGACCUUCUCAAAUAUGAGUUUUGGGUCAGUGAACAUCAGCAGGUUGUGAACGUAAGUCUUAAGCCUGAUAUAAAGCGUCUUGAGCAAUCGACGAACUUCAAGGCAAGACUGAUGGUACAUGCUUUUCUUAUGGCUCUAUCAUCAGAUGGUGCUGACCGGUACUGUUCAGAAUGUAAUAAACCCAAUGCUAAUGUCACAGGCACUCCUACGGGUAUUGCUCACUCUCAUGGAGAUCCUGAAUGUAUUCAAUCAAUAUCUGGAGGGGAAUCCUCACUUUCUACCAGGCUAAAACAAUGUGGAAGCAUGAGAAAGUCAUCAAUGGGAUGUUUUGACCCUAGAAACCGAGCCCUUCUGGAGAAGCGACAAUUCUUUCACUCGCGAAAAUUACAGCCAAUGGCAUUGGAGGACGUCAUUUCAGAUCACGAUAGUGAGGAUGAAGUUGAUCAUGAUAUUGAAGAUCUUGAAGAUUGUAAGAUGUUGCAGACAUUUGACUUUACGGAUGUUACUGAAGAAGAGACGCAAAUAGUGCUUCUUUGGAACUCAUUUGUCAGGAGGCAAAGAGUGCUGGUAGAUGGUCACGUUCCUUGGGCAUGUGAGGCAUUUACUAAGUUGCACAGUCAAAAACUUGUCAGGGAGCCAUCACUGCUUUGGUCGUGGAGAUUAUUCAUGAUCAAACUCUGGAAUCAUUCUCUCCUCGAUGCACAAACCAUGAACAACUGCAACAUAAUUAUUGAAAAACUUCAAAACAAAGGAGAUGUAUUGAUCGAUGAAGACAAAGAAGAAGAAGAAGAAGAAGACAUAAUCCAAAGCGAACACGCUGAUCGCCUAAAGAAUCAAAACAAGUGA